AUGGGAGGCGUGCAGGCCCCGCCCACCGCCCCUCCAGGCUUCCCUGCCAGCGCCCGUUGUCAUGGCAGCAAAGGGGCACGAAUGACGUGCGGUGGCGUUUCCGGGAAGAUGGCGGCGGUGGAAGUUGCUACGGAGCUGGCAACUGGGGUGACGGCCUUCGAGCCAAAGGCGAAGGAUGCAGAAGAGGAAGAGGAGGAGGAGGAGGAGUCGCUGCCACCAUGCGAAGCAGUGCGCUGGGCCCCAGUGGGGGCGGUGGCCGAGGCCGGGCCUGGGGCGGCUGCCUUCUCGGAGGUGACGGCAGCCGAGGAGCCUGGAGCGGCUCCGGGCUCUCCUCCGGACGCGACCGUCCGCACGCUGCGGCGACUGCAAGCCGAGCGGCGGCAGCUGGACUCGGCCCUGCUAGCGCUGUCCUCGCACUUCGCGCAGGUGCAGUUCCGCCUGCGCCAGGUAGUGCGCGGGGCGCCGGCGGAGCAGCAGCGUCUCCUGCGCGAGCUCGAAGACUUCGCCUUCCGCGGCUGUCCUCACGUCCUGGGUUACGAGGGGCUGGAAGACCCCUGCGGCGGCGGCGACGACGAAGGCGAUGGGCUUCCGGGGGACCGGCCACGAGUGCGGGGCGAGGACCAGAGUGAGCAGGAAAAACGAGAGCGUCUGGAAACCCAGAGGGAGAAGAAGAAAGAACUGAUUCUGCAGCUCAAGACCCAGCUUGAUGACCUGGAAACCUUUGCUUAUCAGGAAGGCAGUUAUGACUCCCUGCCGCAGUCCAUGGUCUUGGAAAGACAGCGGGUGAUCAUCGAUGAGUUAAUAAAGAAAUUGGACAUGAAUCUGAAUGAGGACAUCAGUUCCCUGUCAACCGAGGAGCUUCGUCAGCGUGUGGAUGCAGCCGUGGCUCAGAUCGUCAACCCAGCUCGGGUGAAAGAGCAGUUGGUUGAGCAACUGAAGACCCAGAUCCGAGACCUGGAGAUGUUCAUCAGCUUCAUCCAAGAUGAAGUGGGAAGCCCCUUACAGACAGGUGGACACUGUGAGUGCAAGACCAGCGGGAGGACAGGAACCAGCUCCACCAGAACGGGCAGCAGCACACAGCCCCCAGGAGCCGGCAAAACAGCAAAGGCAGAAGACGUGAAGAGAGUCCGCGAAACGGGGCUGCACCUGAUGCGCCGAGCGCUGGCUGUGCUCCAGAUCUUUGCUGUUAGCCAGCUGGGCUGUGCCACAGGCCAGAUCCCUCAAACCUUGUGGCAGAGGGGCCAGGCAGACAGAGACUACUCCCCCUUACUGAAAAGGCUGGAAGUGUCCGUAGACAGAGUGAAGCAGCUGGCCUUGCGACAUCAGCCACAUGACCACGUCAUUACUUCGGCCAACCUCCAGGACCUCUCUCUAGGAGGCAAGGAUGAGCUGACCAUGGCCGUGCGGAAGGAGCUGACCGUGGCUGUUCGGGACCUGCUGGCCCAUGGGCUGUACGCCUCUUCCUCUGGGAUGAGCCUUGUCAUGGCCCCCAUUGCCUGCUUGCUGCCAGCCUUCUCCUCAGCUCCUGAGACCAUGCACCCCUGGGAGCUCUUUGUAAAGUACUAUCAUGCCAAGAAUGGCCGUGCAUACGUGGAAUCCCCGGCCCGGAAGCUCUCGCAGUCCUUUGCCCUUCCUGUAAUGGGUGGCAGUGCCGUGACCCCCAAACAGAGCCUUCUGACAGCCAUCCACCUGGUGCUGACAGAGCACGACCCUUUUAAGCGCAGCGCUGACUCGGAGCUGAAGGCGUUGGUGUGCAUGGCACUGAAUGAGCAGCGCCUGGUGUCUUGGGUAAACCUCAUCUGCAAGUCAGGGUCCCUCAUCGAGCCCCAUUACCAGCCCUGGAGCUACAUGGCCCACACGGGAUUUGAGAGUGCCCUCAACUUGCUCAGCCGCCUCAGCAGCCUCAAGUUCAGCCUUCCUGUAGAUCUGGCUGUGCGCCAACUCAAGAACAUCAAAGAUGCCUUUUGAUGAGAACUUUAGCCCCCCCCCCACGCACCUUGCUCUGAAUAGGUAGAUGUCCCAGAGUUCUAGAGUACAAGUCGGGGAGUUAGACAGAGGGUAGAGACAUUUUCCUUAAACCCUUUUAGGUGGGCAGCCCAAUGGAGGCGAAGUCUGGUUUUCUCUUAGCAAAUUAGGAAGAUGUGCCAGAGACUCACCAGAAAUAGUGAGUGUCAGGAGCCCAAGAGAUGGUUCGCCAGGUGAAGAGGCUUGCCCUCAUACCUGGCAAUCAAUCUGAGUAAUCCUGGGGACCCACAUGGUACAAAUUGUCCUCUUACCUCCACACAUGAACUGUGGCACAUGUGUGUCCCUACCCAAACACAAAUAAGUGUAAUAAUAAAAUCUAAAAAGCAGCGUCAGAGCUAGAGAUGUCGCUCCGUGGAACGGUGGGUGGAGAGCAUGUGCAGUCAGGGCUGAGGGCAUUAAAGCAAGCAGAAACUGCCCGCGGCCCCUAGCCCACCACAGUGCAUGGUCCACUUUGUAGGAACAAUGUUAACAAAUUCCAGUCAGCGAUUCGGAUUCCCCUUUCUUCUAGGGGAGUUUUAACUGUGAGAUGAGAACAGAGAGCUCCCUGCUGGAUGCUCCUUCUACAGACAGUGCUCCGCCGGGCGAUGGUGGCGCACGCCUUUAAUCCCAGCACUUGGGAGGCAGAGGCAGGCGGAUCUCUGUGAGUUCGAGACCAGCCUGGUCUACAAGAGCUAGUUCCAGGACAGGCUCCAAAGCCACAGAGAAACCCUGUCUCGAAAAACCAAAAAAUAAAUAAAUAAAUACAGACAGUGCUCCUCCCGGAUGGCAGGUACACUCUAGAGCCCCUCCAGGCUGACCCAGUGUUCAGAAGUGAGAGCAUCCAUGCAAUCCUCGUCACAAAAACACACAGUACAUACGAUGAUGGGUGGCCCAGCCCCGCUGGCACUGCUUGUCCAGAAGAAUGGCUGAUGGGGAAGUCUGAUCUUGCAGUGUGCCCAGCAGUGGGGCCAGAGAUUUCUACUGUUCUCUAUACAGACCACACACCCACGCAUCUGUCAAAGUGACCGCUUGUCUUUCAGCUGCACCGUGCACACGCUCCAGGACUCACGAAUUGGCACCUGCACUUUGUUCCUGUGGAGUACACUUGAACUUGUUUCAGUGACAUGGCACUUAAGAUGUGUCAUUGACACUUGACGGAAAUACAUGGAGAUUCCCUAUGAAACACUAUAGUGGCCGGGCAGUGGUGACGCACGCCUUUAAUACCAGCACUCGGGAGGCAGAGGCAGGCGGAUCUCUGUGAGUUCGAGGCCAGCCUGGUCUACAAGAGCUAGUUCCAGGACAGGCACCAAAGCUACAGAGAAACCCUGUCUCGAAAAACAAAAACAAAAAAAAAAACAAACAAACAAACAAAAAAAAGAAACACUAUAGUGUUCGGGGCUUGGGAUGCCGCUCUGGCAGAGUGCUUGCCUGGCGUGUCUGAGGUUUUGUUUCUCAAUCCUCAGCACCACUCCCCAGAAAAAAAAAAGAUAAUUGUAAAAUAUCUUAAAUAAUGAUGAUAUAUCUGUGAUCAGUAAUAAAAUUACAGUAUUUUGUGUAGCUUCUC